CAAGGUGUAAGAAAAUUAUUUCAAUAUAAUAUAAGGAUGCAUUAUAUUAAGCAUGUGCUUUAAUAAUUUUUUUUUGUAUCUAUGUAUUUUUAUAAUUUAAACAUUAGAUGAUUGUUCAAUUAUUUAAUUUUAAUAAAUAUAUAUCGUUCAUAUGUCAGUUUGAUAUAUAAACAUGAAUAAUAAAUUUUUUUUCUCCAUUUUAAUUCUUUUUUUUUUCUUCUCUACUAUAUAAAUAGCUAUCAUUUCUGUUCAUAGAUCACUGUAGAGAUUAAGGACUAAAGUACAAGGCAUGCUAGAGAGAGCAAAUACAAAGGGCAGAUGGAGAAAUCUAUAAUAGGCCAUAAUCGACUCUGGUUUGUCAUCUUCAUUGCGUUAUCUUUCUUCUUUUUAUUCCUUUAUGCUUUUGAUUAUUCAUCCUUUUUUAAUGAUUAUGAUACCAAUGGUGUCGCCUCUAAACUCAAAUACUUUGCGAAUGCCUUCAACACCCAAAAGUCUAAUUACAGUUCCCUUGAUGAUCCUAAUCCAAAAUCCAAUAAAAACAAUUUUUGUUCAGGUCGUUACAUAUAUGUUCAUGAUCUUCCUCAACUAUUCAACGACCUUGUUGUUGAAAAUUGCACUGCUCUUUAUAGAUUUUAUGACAUGUGCCCAUUCCUGACAAACUCAGGAUUUGGCGUUCAGGUUAUUGAGAAUCCUGAAGGGAUUGUAUCAGGACGUAAUUGGUUUGCAACUAACCAAUUUCUUUUAGAGGUUAUAUUUCGCACUAGAAUGAACAACUAUGGAUGUUUAACUAAUGACUCCUCUUUAGCUUCUGCCAUUUUUGUACCUUAUUAUAGUGGACUUGACGUCGCUAGUUACCUGUGGGAUUUUACUGCAUCAAGAGAUACUUUGGGUGCUGAUCUUGUCAAAUGGCUGGCACAGAGACCUGAAUGGAAAAAAUUGUGGGGUAGAGACCAUUUCUUUAUUGCUGGAAGGAUUGGUUGGGAUUUUCGAAGGCAUGUUGAUAAUGAUAAAGGUUGGGGAAGCAAUCUUAUGUCUUUGCCUGAAUCUAUGAACAUGACAAUGCUGACAAUUGAAUCAACUGCCUGGAGUAAUGAAUUCGCGGUACCAUAUCCAACACAUUUCCACCCGUCAAGUGAAACUGAGGUGAUUGAAUGGCAAAAUAAAAUGAGGAAACAGAAAAGGCAUUACUUGUUUUCUUUUGCAGGCGCCCCACGACCUUUAGGCUCAAAGAGGUUAUGUAAGUUGCUGAAUUGUGACUCUGGACCAAACAAGUGUGACAACCCUGUCGAGGUCAUCAAAGUAUUUCAAGACUCUGUUUUCUGCCUGCAGCCUCCAGGGGAUUCCUACACUAGACGAUCAGCUUUUGAUUCGAUUGUAGCAGGAUGUAUUCCAGUUUUCUUCCAUCCAGGAUCUGCUUAUGCACAGUAUGAAUGGUACUUACCAAAUGAUUAUGCUACAUAUUCUGUUUUCAUACCAGGGAACUUGGUGAAAAAUGGGAGUAUCAGCAUCAAUGACACUUUGCUUCAGGUUUCAGAUGAUGAAGUAACAAGCAUGAGAGAGGAGGUUAUAAGGCUGAUACCAAAGAUCAUAUAUGCAAAUCCCAAGUCAAAACUAGAGAGUCUUGAAGAUGCAUUUGACAUAGCAAUUAAGGGAGUCCUUGCAAGAGUUGAGAAAGUGAGAAAGGAAAUUAGGGAGGGAAAGGAUCCUGGCAUUGGUUUUGCAGAACCAAAUUGGAAGCUCAGAUUUUCUAGAAUGGAAGCUCAACAAGACUGGUCGCGUUUCUUCUGAAAUAAAAUAUUUCGACUCAACAUAUUUUCUUAUUAUUGUCUACUGCAAUAACUCAUCAUUAUAUAAUAACACCGUAACACGACUAAUUAGAGUUCAUAAAAAUAAAAAUAAAAGUAACACCA